CAGCCACGGAGAGCCCCGCCGCCGCCGCCGCCGCCGCCGCCGCGCGAUGGCUUCCAAGGAGCGCCUCUACGAGCUGUGGAUGCUCUACUUCGCCAAGAAAGACUUGUCCUACCUACAGCAGUGGCUGGAAGCCUUUGUUGCCAACUUUGAGAAGAUCAUCGCUGUCCAUUCUCUGGACCCGAGAAGGCCCGAGGACUCUGUCUCCGAAAUCCCGCUUCUGCCUCUGGAUGUCCUCCGAGUGUUAACCCAACAGCUGGCAACUUCUGUGUCCCAGAUCUCUCGUCAAGAGGUAGUUGAGGCUGGCCUCAAACAGGCUCUCUUGCUGAUCAAGUUCUUUGUCAUAAUUUGCAGGAAUCUAGAAAAUGUCCAGGCUGACCGUCCACCCCUGUUUGUCCAUGAGCUGAUCAGUCUGCUGUCCACCUAUUCAAAAAAGCUGAAGAGUUCCCAAGGGCAGCCUUGGCCUCACCGUAGCCAGCUGGAGAACGUCACGCUGUACGCCCUACACCUUUGCGAAUGCCUCUUCGACCCCUACCAGACCUGGAGGAGACAGCUGAGCGGGGAGAUCGUGAGCAUCAAAGAGAAGAACAAAUACAAGUUUGCCCCAGCUGUGCUGCCUCAAGAGUUUGGCUCCUUUUUUGAAGAGUGCUUUGAAGAGGGCGAGCAGCUCCCGGAAGCCCUUCAGCUGCGGCUCAUCCACCUCUUCGGGGCCAUUCUCUCUGGAUCCAAGCAAAAUGCUCUCCAAAUGGUCACGCCGUCCACGGUCGACGUCCUCAUGCUGGUGCUCAGGAGGUGGUGCCUUCCGGCCAGUGGGCCCACCAAGAAUCCCCAGCUGCUGCAGCUGACCCUGAAGAGUGUGGUCUGCAUGGUCCAUGUUCUCCACACCAGCAGCCCCAGCCAGCGGGCCGUGGAGAUCCGGGCCAUCUUGGACAGCUUCUUCAAGGUCCUCAACGCAGACCAACCCUUGGCCUCGCUGGAAGGCUCGCCAGGUCCUCACUGGGAGGAGAAGCUCAUCACGCUCCGGGUGAACAUGCUGGAUGCCAUUCCAGAAAUGUUGAACUACGAUGACCGGCCGGUCCUGCAAGCCAUUUUCCUUAGCAACAACUGUUUUGAGCACAUCAUUCGACUGAUCCAGAACAGCAAGCUCUACCUGAGCAGUGAGUGCAAAGCCCCCGGAGGUGACCUCGCCCCGCAGUUGCUGACCGAGAUGGAGAUCCAUCAGGUUUUCGAUAACAGCUCGGACGCCAUUCCGAUUCACGCCAUCAGGGUCCUGACCUCCAUCAUGUCUACCUCUCCCGCUGCCAAGGAGGUGUUCAAAGAAAGGAUCGGCUAUUCCCACUUACACGAAGUCCUGAAGAGUCAGAGUCAGCCGACCAAGAAGCUGCUGCAGGAGCUGCUGAACAUGGCCGUCGAAGGGGAUCACAGCGCCUCCCCCCCACGCCUCAUCCACAACGAACAGGCGCUUUUGAUCCUGAUCAUGUGGAUCCCAGAGCUGAAAUCCCAGGAUCUCCAGGUCUUCCUUUCGGAGUGGCUCAAGAAAAUCUGCGACGCCUCUCUGCAGAGCCGCACCACCUGCGUGCGGGCGGGCAUGGUGGGCUACCUGUUGGAUGUGCUGUGCGCCGCCGAGCAGGAACUUGACGGGAAGUGCGCCGAGAACCUCAUCUACCUGCUGCAGGUGCUCGGCGGGCUCUCCAUCCGCCCCGGCGAGUUACGGCAGUUGCUGAAGCUCCUCCGGACCAAGCAGGACAAAGGGUGCCAUCCUUACACCGUCCAGGUCAUCCGGGCCCUUUCGGGCAUGGCCCGGAAGGAUGGACCCGAGCGGGCACUGCAGUACUUCGACCUCACGCCCAGCAUGGCAGGGAUCAUGGUGCCCACUAUCCAGAAAUGGCCCGGGAGUGGCUUCGCCUUCCAUGCUUGGCUUUGCCUCCUGGUUGAAGACGCCAAGGAUGCGCUGGAGGAGACAGGCAGACUGAAACGGAAGCAGCUGUACAGCUUCUUCACGGCCAGCGGGACGGGCUUUGAAGCGUUCUUCACCACUGACGGGAUGCUGGUUGUCGCCGUUUGCACCAAAAAGGAGUAUAUGACGGUGGCCCUGCCGGAGCUUCCAUUCCAUGAUGUGGCCUGGCAUUGCGUCGAUGUCGUCCACAUCGUGGGCCGCCGGCCGUUUGGCCAGAACCUGGUGAAUAUUUUUGUAGAUGGACAGCUCCAGAAAGUGGCUCAGCUGCGUUUCCCUUCCCUUGGCGAGGCCUUCACUUCUUGCUGCAUCGGUUCUGCCGGCCACCGGACAACCACCACGUCCACAGUCUACUCCCCGCCGUCUCACUCGCCGGAUUUGGGGUUCCCAACUCACCCUUUCCUGAACCGCUCACAGUCCUUCCCAGCAUCUCUGGCUUCUCACAACUGGACCCCAAUUCCCCCCCGGGAAAGCAUGGUUUCCACCAUGGUCGCUGGGGCCCAGGACACCGAGUGGGGGAUGCCUACUUCCCUUGAAGGGCACUUGGGGUCAGUCUCCAUCUUCUACGAGGCACUCCAGCCUGCUCAGGUGAAGGCUCUCUUCUUGGCAGGUCCAAAUAUUGCAUCACCAUUUAAGCCAGAGGGAGAUUUUUGGGAGCUCAGUAGCAAACUGCUUUUGUAUUAUACGCCUCAGGCCUGCAAAAGCAACAUCUGUCUGGAUCUCUCUCCAAACCACAACUUCGAUGGGAGGCUGACAGGGCAUCACGUGGUGAACUGGGAUGUUAAGGAUGUGAUCAACUGUGUUGGCGGGAUGGGAGCCCUCCUCCCGUUACUGGACCAGGUAGCAUCUCAGAAGGAAGAAGGCAAAAAUAGCCAGGAGAUCCAUGACUUGGUGGGCCCGGAGUUGACCUCUUCGCGGAGUGCCCAGGGCUUGCUCAUUCCCCUGGGAAAAUCUUCAGAGGGCAGGCUGGAGAAAAACGGAGUGGCUGCCUUUUUACUCCUGGUGAAGAACUUUCUCCAUGGUCAUCAGGUCAAUCAAGAGAGCUUGGUCCAGGGCCAUGGCCCUGCCAUCAUCGGAGCCCUGCUCCAGAAGGUCUCCAGCCAGGCAAUGGACAUGAAUGUCCUUGUGGCCUCCCAGGUGCUGAUGGAGCAAGUGGCCUCAGAGGGGCACAGCCUCUUGCUGCAUCUCCUCUACCAGUCCCUGCUCUUCGACUUCCGCAUCUGGACCAACAGUGACUUUGCUGUCCGGCUGGGUCACAUCCAGUACCUGUCGGGCAUAAUUAAGGACCACAAGCAAAGGAUACGGAAGAAAUACGGGGUGCAGUACAUCCUAGAUUCUAUCCGGACAUAUUAUGGAACUUACAAGGAGAAGCCCAUUGCUACUGAUGACCUCCGGACAGUGCAAACAUCCCUCUUCAGCCUGAUCAAAGACUUCUUCGGCAGGAACAUCACCCGUGAUGAGAUGCAAAGCACCAUGAGCUAUCUGGCAGCUGUAAACAACGAGCACCAGGUGUGUGGGGUGCUGGAGGUCAUCCACAGCCUGCAGAAGAGCUCCCCCUGCCAGGAGCAGCUCUUCACUUUCCUAUUUGAGCCGGGAAACGUGGAGAUCCUGUUCUCGCUGCUCAUCCAGAGGAAGUUCUCCGACGACGUGCGGGAGAGAAUCUUCAAGAUUUUGUACAAGUUGCUGAAGUACGAGAAGGUGCACGAACGGAGCAAGCACCGCCUGAAGCUGAAGGACAUCGGUUACCAUGGCUUCAUCUCACACCUGACCGACAUCCCUGUUUCCAUACUGUUCUUCCGGUGCCUUUUGGAGCAAGUCCUCGGAGCAGAUUCCCCAAACUACAAGGACUUGAUGGCCGUAGUUUACCUCUCCCACCGGGCAGAUCUGACAGUCAGGCUGGACAUCUGCAGGAAGCUCUUCCACCUGAUUUACUCCCAGCACGACAUGGUGAAGCAGCUGGCCAAGCUGGCAGGCUGGCAGGACACCCUCACCAAGCUCUACGUCAAGGAGUCCUACGAGUCCCGCCAGCACAGCCUGUCAAGCUCAGCCAAUGGCAGCAACGGUGUGGAUCUCUUGAAGCUUUCGGAGCAGUCGAGCCUGGACAGAGGGAGAGAGCUGGUGGGGUCCACGAGUCCCUCGGCCGCUGACCUGCAGGACUUGGAUGUGUUCCUCCCCCUGGGCUUCGAAGCCUCAGACCCCGAGCUUUUGGAAGGCUUCUCGGACCUGUCCGUGUCCCCCACCAACCAGAGGAGCAGAGUCUUCCAGUCUUACGCCUUCAAAUCCUUCGACUCCUUAGAUCUUGCCAGCCAUUCGUCCUCCUCCAACCUCACGGACCUCCCUGGGCAGGGAGAGGCCCACGCGGGAGGGACCCUCCCAGCUGACCGAGCCUACCACCCGCUCUCUCCCUUCUGCACGUCGCCCUUCGACCUUGGCUUGGACUUGGGCAGCAGCAGCUCCACAGCCACCUUGGAAAGCGGCAACCAGACGCCCCUCAGCCUUCCAGGGACCCCGUCGCCUUUGGAGAACUUCAAGCCGUUCCCGGGGACGAGGGCUCGGAAGAGCAGCAGCCUCUCAAACGUGCUGGAUGAGACCAGCUACCAAGAAACCCUGCCCAGUGACAGCACCUCCAACACAAGUAACCCUCAGCAAACUCCCGAGGAAGAGCUCUGCAAUUUGCUGACCAACAUCAUCUUCUCGGUCACCUGGCGGGGAGUGGAGGGCUGGGAUGACGUGGCUUGGAAGGAGCGAGGACAGGUCUUCUCCAUCCUCACCAAGCUGGGCUCCGCCUGCGAGCUGGUCCGCCCUCCUGAUGAGAUCAAGCGCAGUCUUCUGGAGAUGAUGAUGGAAUCCGCCCUGACGGACCUGAAGGAGACCACGCCGGCCCUGUUGCCGAGCCUCACCCAGAAUGCACUGAAGCUGCUUCACCUCCUGCAGGACUUCUUGUUCUCGGAGGGUCACAACAACCAGGCCCUGUGGAGCGAGAAGAUUUACGAGGGUGCCAACAGCCUGCUAGAUAAGUUGGGUGUCUGGUACCACUUGGCCAACGGGACUUCGGACUUGAAGGAGAUGGCUCAAAUCGGCCUGCGGGUGCUGAUCGGAUACAUCAUGCUGGAAGAUGUGCAGCUGCAGUCCUUGGCCUACGUGAAGCUCCAUGGCCUUCUCCAGACAGCUUCAGCCCCCAAGAAGGAGGAAGCCUGCUACCUGCUGGGCAAACUGGAGACGCCCCUCCGGGCCUCCCUGCACACCAAGUCGGAGACCUUCUCCCGGCUGGUGCCCAUCAUCCGUACCUUGAUGGACCAGUGCUACGACACCUUGCAGCUGCAGCACUUCCUGCCAUCCCUGCCCCCCACCAACGGCAGCCCCACUUUUUACGAAGACUUCCAGGUGUUUUGCACCCACCCCGAGUGGCUCGCCUUCAUUAAGAAGCAGGUACAGCCCACCAUGGCCCAGUUUGAAAUGGACACGUUUGGCAAGAGCCACGACCACAUGUCUAAUUUUUGGAACUCCUGCUACGACGCGCUGAUGAGCAGCAAUCAGAGGAGGGAGAAGGAGAAAGCCGAGAGCCGGAGGAAGUUCCAGGAACUCAUCCUGGAGCCCGUGAUGAAGAGGGCAAAGUACGAGAACAUCCGGCACACGAAUAUGCUCAAGCAAGUCAACCACCAUCACAACACCGUCUUGAAGCAAUGGCGGGCCCUGGAGCGCCUGCUGACUUCUCAGCGCUCGGCCUGGGCUGACCGGAAUCCUCCUGAGAUCCACUGGAAGCUGUCCAACGUGGAGACCUACUCCCGAAUGAGGCUCAAGUUGGUCCCCAAUCACAACUUUGACUGCCACGGGGAAGCGAGUGCCCUUCGGGACAACCUUGGCGCGGAUGGCUUGCACAGCCCGGCGGAAUCCCUGCCUUUAGCGGUGGCCAAGGAAGCCAAGGUCAGCGAGAUGCAGGAUGACCAACUGGCAGAAGAAGACCUCUCGUUCUUGGAUAAUCACCUGGAGCCCAAAGAGCAAAGCCAGCGGGAGAAACUCCUAAUUUCGGAGGACUGUGAACUCAUCACCAUUGUGGCUGUGAUCCCUGGACGCCUGGAGGUCACCACCCAGCAGAUCUACUUUUACGACAGCAACAGCGAGAAGGAGGAGACCGAGGAUGGAAUCGGGCACGACUUCAAACGCCCCCUCUCUCAGCUCCGGGAGCUGCAUCUCCGCCGUUACAACCUGCGCCGUUCGGCUCUGGAGUUCUUCUUCAUCGACCAGGCGAACUAUUUCCUCAACUUCAAGAAAAUGGUUAGAAACAAAGUCUACUCAACCAUCCUCAGCCUCCAGCUGCCCAACCAGAUUUAUCAAGGCAGCCGUUCACCGCAGGACUUACUAAAAGCCUCUGGGCUGACUCAGAAAUGGGUCUACAGGGAGAUCUCCAACUUUGAAUAUCUCAUGCAGCUGAACACAAUCGCAGGGCGGACCUACAAUGACCUUUCUCAAUACCCCGUGUUUCCCUGGAUCUUGCAAGAUUACGUCUCGGAGACACUGGAUCUCAACAACCCAGCCGUUUUCCGGGACCUUUCCAAGCCCAUCGGAGUGGCCAAUGAGAAACAUGCCAAGGAUGUCAAGGAGAAGUACGAGAGCUUCGAGGACCCCACGGGCAUGAUCGACAAAUUCCACUAUGGCACCCACUACUCCAACGCGGCCGGUGUCAUGCACUACCUGAUCCGCACAGAGCCGCUCACCACCCUGCAUAUCCAGCUGCAGAGUGGGAGGUUUGACUGCUCCGAUCGCCAGUUCCACUCGGUCCCUGCCGCCUGGCAGGCUCGCUUGGAGAACCCGGUGGAUGUGAAGGAAUUAAUCCCGGAGUUCUUCUACUUCACAGACUUCCUGGAGAACCAGAACGGCUUCGAUCUCGGCUCCCUUCAGAUAUCAAAUGAGAAAGUGGGGGACGUGGUCCUUCCCAGAUGGGCCAACUCCCCGGAAGAUUUUAUCCAUGAACACCGCCAAGCCCUCGAAUCUGAGUAUGUCUCAGCCCAUCUGCACGAGUGGAUCGACUUGAUCUUUGGGUACAAGCAGAGGGGCCCCGCAGCUGUGGAGGCUCUUAACGUCUUCUGUUGCUGCACGUACGAAGGGGCAGUUGACUUGGAUGCUAUCGCCGACGAAACCCAGCGGAAGGCUUUGGAGGGCAUCAUCAGUAACUUCGGGCAGACCCCCUGCCAGUUGCUGAAGGAGCCCCACCCAGCCCGUUUCUCGGCUGAAAAUGCCUCCAAGAGACUCUCGCGGCAGGACACCUAUUCCCCUAACGUUUUUGAGAACCUGGACCAGCUCAAGUCCUUCUUCGUUGAAGGCAUCAGCGAUAGGAUCCCGCUUGUCCAGGCUGUGGUCCCCAAGAGCCAGUCUCAUUCUUUCAUGACUCAGGGAUCUCCUGAUAUGAUGGUCACAGUAAGUGCCAACGGACUGCUGGGAACUCACAGCUGGCUGCCGUACGACAAAAACAUCUCCAACUACUUCAGCUUCACCAAAGACUCCACCGUCUCCAACCCAAAGACGCAGCGCUACCUGUACGGCCCCUUUGCUCUGGGGGCAGAGUUGGCCUCCAAGACGCUGGUGAUCUCUCACGAUGGCAAGCUCCUCUUCAGUGGAGGUCACUGGGACAACAGCUUGCGGGUCACCUCACUGAGCAGAGGAAAGGUGGUGGGACACAUCAGUCGUCACAUAGAUGUGGUCACUUGCCUGGCCUUAGAUCUGUGUGGAAUCUACCUCAUUUCUGGAUCGCGAGACACCACCUGCCUGGUCUGGCAGGUCCUCCAGCAGGGUGGCCUGUCUUGCGGCUUAGCACCCAAGCCAGUCCAGGUCCUCUACGGACACGAAGAUGAAGUCACGUGUGUCGGCAUCAGCACGGAGCUGGACAUGGCUGUGUCAGGGUCCAAGGACGGCACCAUCCUUGUGCACACCAUCCGCCGAGGGCAGUUUAUGAAGUCACUGAGGCCCCCCUGUGAAAGUUCUCUGCCGGUCACCAUCUCCAACCUGGUUGUGGGUCACGAGGGGCAAAUCGUGGUGCAGACAAUUGUGGGGGGGAGAGCCUCCCUCAAGGACAAAUUUGCCCUCCACCUCUACUCGGUCAACGGCAAGCACCUGUCUUACGUCCCUCUGGACGAGCAGGUGACCUCGAUGUGCGUCACGGAGGACUUCGUUGUGCUGGGGACCCUUCAGUGUUCGCUGCAGAUCAGGGACCUUCGGAGGCUGCAGCCAGCCAUUCCCUCCCUGGUCAUGAAGGUCCCCAUCCACAGCGUCUCCGUGACGAAAGAGAAGAGCCAUAUAUUGGUGGGUCUGGAGGACGGGAAGUUGAUUGUGGUCGGCGCAGGGCAGCCUUCGGAGGUGCGGACGGGGCAGUUCCACCGGCGGCUGUGGCGUUCCACGCGGCGCAUCUCCCAAGUGUCCUCGGGCGAGACAGAAUACCAUCCGACGGAGUCCAAAUAGCGGCCUCGUUUUUAACCUUCCCGUUGCCUUGCAGCCGCCUCUGCUGCCCCACAGGACGCCGGGCCGUUCUGAGCGGGUGUCCAGCCCCGCGGCUCUUGGACCCUCUCUUGGCGCCGCCCCCCAAGUUUCGUGGCCCGCAGGGAUGGCCCGUGGACACUGACUGAGGACUCCCCAGAAGCCAGAGCCUGCACACGUCCGGGGCAGGCUCCUGAACGCAGCGUGUCCAGGAGGACAAUCGGGCGGGGUGGGGCGGCUUUCCUGAGCCCAUCCGACUGUUCCCCACCAAUCAGUGCUGUGACUACUGUUGAUUCCUGCGGAGCUUGAAGUGGCAAGCGUUUGUAUUUGUUGUCUUACACUGGAGAGCGCGCACGCCGGAGGACCAUGGAAAGGCUGCAGGAGUGUGUCUGCCCCCUCCCACUGUGUGGCAGAGUCGGGGGGCAGGAAUAGCACCACAGACACCCCCCAGCCUCAAGACUGCGGUCUGGUCUUUCGCUGGUGGCCUUAAGUUGCACUACGCAGAAAACCUGCACCCCAGGCUGAGGCCCCCUGCUCUCCUUUGCCCCAGCUGGUGAGAAGCCCUCCUGGUCUCUGAAGAAAGCUUUAAUGGGGAGCCAGGAGGACCAAGCCCAGGAGAUCUUGAUCCCAAGCUGGAAGCCGAGAAAGGCAGGCAAAGCGGGGAAGCCCACAAGCAUUACGCCAGAGAUGGGGUGGGAGGUGAAUCCGCAAUCUCUUACGGUGUGCAAAAAGGGGAAGGGGGGUGACUGGCUUCCACCACCAAUCUGGAGACAGGUUGGCUUGGUACUGGAGACCCUCCAUGGCCAGUUGACUCUUGGGAGGUGGGAGGCCCAGACGUUCAUUGGAGGCCGUCUGUUUCCAGUGCCAGCUGAAGCCUGGGAUGUCCUGGGUACCUUCAUUAGCAAUAAAAGCCAUCCUUGGUGCCCAUGUGUCAUGACCCAGCCCUGCCUAAAGGCCUUAUGUUUCUCUGCACCCCGAGAGGAGGGAAAGACCCCUGGAGUGGAAGACGGGACCCAGAAUGGUCCCCUCAGCCAGUUGUCCUCUUGCAAAGCACCCCUCCCAUUUCAACCCUUUACUCCUCACCCUCAGAAUAGCCCCAGGUAGGAACUAGCUGAGCCAUCUUAUCCAAGGUCUGGCUGGUGGAAGCGGGUAACUCUGCUGCACCCCUGAGGUGCUUUGUGGAACAGGCGUGGUCCUCCUCUGAAGCACCUGUUGAUACCUGCGGUUCUAACCAUCCACACAUGGAAGAGGGCCGUAACCACGGAGGAGGGAGAAGGUUCUGAGAUACCAGAAGCCACGUGGGCUUCACGGCGCUGAAUCGGAACAGAUUCCCAGCUGGAAGGAGAACAUUGGCUUUGUCCUGCAGAGCAUCAACCUUCCUGUUCUUGCUGUGGUUUUGGAAAUCUUCCCAAGCCCAAGAAUCGCUCCACAGUUGUGUUUUUCCCAACUGCCCAGCCUUCUUGGGGUUCAUCCCAUCUCUUCACCCACAUGGAUGACAGCACCUCUCUCCCCGCAUUCAGUUCACUAAACUUGUUAGCCUGGUGAUCCUUCUUCCACUCACAUGUCUGGAUUUGCCUUAUGGUUUAGCCCCACUUCUGUGGCUACAGAGGGCACACUGAUGGGAUGAAUGCCCUGGAGAAGAACUGGUACCCAUCGCCAGCCUCAUGUAGCUUCCUUGUUGGAUUUUGUUGUCUUCUGCUGUGUCUUCAUCCCAAGGGAGAACACACGUUGUCCUGCAGGUGCAUCACUGACCUUUGGCUCUUAGAAGAUCCUCAGUUAGCCCUAGAGAGCAAAUCCAUUCUUUCAUCUCCAAGCUUCUGCAGUUUUUAUCAUGCUCUUAAAUCAUUCCACAGACCCUUCCUUGGCUAUCCUCAGUUGCUACUGCCUGUUAGGAAGAGGGGGAAGAAGGAGGGGCCAGCUGCUAACCUGGUUAUUUGCAGAUGAGAAAUCUUCCCAGUCCUUUUCCUCCCUUUAAAAGCUGGCUCAGAUACCUAUUGGGAUGCAUUACUGCACCCCAAAAGUGAUGCACUAGGAAGUUCAAAAGAGUGCUUUGUCUUUUCUGGCCCACAAAUUCAUCUUUUCCUGCACAGAGGGAAACAGGUUCAGACUAUCCAUGUUUUAUCAUCUUCCUUCCUCUCUCGUUUAGAGAAAAGGCCAAGGAUUUUCUUCCCCUAAUUAGCAUUCUCCGGGGGGCCUAGACUACGACUCCAAUCAUCCCCAGCCAGAGUGUGAGUCCAACCCCAUGGGAAGGCGCCAGGCUAUGCACAGUUGAUCCAGUCUCUGAACGCAUUUCUCUAACCUCCCACCCACCUCAGUGCUUCUCUUUUGGGGGGGG